AUGUCCCCCUACCCCACCCCCUACCAAAUCGAAGAAAUGUUCUGCAACAGAAACGAAGAAGAGAUAUUCCACACCUAUCUGGCCGACCGCAUCGACGUUUCCGUCUCGGGCACCGAUUUCCAUGUUAGCGGCACAUAUAAGACCGUCGAUGCUUUCCACGAUAACAUCAAGGUUCGCAUUGAGGCGGCUAUCAAAUUGGAGACGAGACGGUGUGAGGUUAGGAAGGUCAUUGGAGGUGGGGAGAGUGCAUGGGCUGCAGUCGAGUCGUACUAUGAGUUCGAGUCCAAGGAAGGGCGAGAAUACAAGCUAGAGAUGGUGGAUCUUGUCCGCUUCGACUCGAAUGGGAAGAUUGCGCAGAUGAAGGAGUUCAUGGAUAGUGUUGCUAUUCACAAUCUCGUUGAUGAGCAUGAGAAGAAAAUGAAGGAGGACAAGACUGGUGAGCCUCAGGAUAGAGAGCCGCCGGUUGUGGCUGAGAAGGUGGUCGAGAGCUAG